UGAGUACUCGUGGCUUGUGCUCAAGGACUGGCGGUGGUUCUGACGAUUAUUGGGGGGAAUUCGUACCAACCAUCGUCUAUGCCUAAUAUCACGUGACCUCUACAGUGCUGUGUGGUCUCUGCUGAAAACAAACAAACAAACAAACAAACAAACAAACAACAGUUGGAAUCACUGGAGGUAGUCAGCCUGUGAAGCAUAGAGCUGAUGAAUGAAGCAGUCGAGCCAACAGUUGCUGAGAAUGGCUCGUCAGAGGCUAUUGACCUGACUCAGACACCUCCUGAAGGGGCCGGAAGCGUGAUUGCGGAGGCUGUUGAUGCUGCCAUCACCGCUGCGGACUCUGCAACUGGUGCUGUAUCAACAAAUGUGACGUGUUCCAACAUUGGUGCUAUUACACCUGGUGGAGAGUCUGGUGUGCAGACACAGCUGGAGAGACAAGACACACUGGCGUUAACACAGCCAGAUGAGGUGCCCUCACAGAUGGGGGCCCUAGAUUCCAAUGUCAAAACAGAGAGUACAUCGAUGGGAGCCGUAGAUUCCAAUGUCAGCGCAAAAACAACGUCUGUGGAGACCUACGCGAUCGAUAUUGAUGAUGAUGACUUCUUUAACCUAAGUGUACGGCCAUCGUUCGUGGAGAAGCCCAAGAAAAGGAAGAAGAAGAAGAAAAGACAGAGAGAAGAUGUCACGUCUGCUACUCCGGACGCUGAUGACUUGAGAAAGAGGACAUCGCUGAGUCCCAGUCCUGUGAUUGCUUCUUCGAAGAAGUCUUCAAUCACCACCGAUGACAAAGGUGAUGAAGAUGUGCUGAUUGUGGAAGAGAUCCAAACGGCAAAACCAGCUAAGAAACCAAAAGUUGUGCUUGAUCCGAAUUUUGAUGAAAAUGCCAUCAGACAACGUAUCAAGGAACAAACUGCGUUGCUAUAUGCUCAGAGUAAUGAUAUCUACGGCGACAUCCUUGAUGAUAACGACGAGGAUGAUAUAUCUCGAAGGCUUCGCUUGACAGAAAAAAAAGCCUCUGAGCUGCUGUCCCAAAGAGAACCCGGUUCCGCUAUAGAGAGAUCUAUAUCUGUUGAGCCGAUGGAGAAGAGGAAGUACAAUGUUACCGUGGAAUCCUUCAUCCCAGGGAGUGAGCAUUACCAGCUAACCUUGGCUGUGAAAGGUCACAAGAACUGUGCUGCCCUAAUCUCGAAAUCCGUGACUUCCUUUGCAGCCUUCAACGCAGUUCCGGAAUCUCUCAUAUAUCUGUACGACCCGGUCAAUGUUACGCUAAUGAAGGACAAGAUAGAGCUGAAGGAGCAUAUGAAGCUCGACUCUUUAAAACUACCGGUGCCAGAAUCCGGAAUAACAGAUGUACAUCUUUCCCUCUAUACAAAGCUUCAGGCCCGUGCAAUACUUGAGAACGAGCAACGUGAAAGGGACAAGAGACUCAGGCAGCUCGAAAGAGAGGAGGAACUUGAUAGGUUUGCGCAUGCAAAGAUUAAUGAUGAUGCGUAUGAAACGUAUGCUGAUGAUGAUGAGUUCAGGGACAUUGAUAAAGAGAUCGACAUGGAGAGUGCUACUAACGGGGGAAUGGUCCAUCUUGAACCGGGUCCUGCUGAGAACGAGCAGGACUCCGCCUAUUUCAAGAUUGUGCUAAAGUGUGAUGAAAAGACCAGAAUGGAGGUAAAAGUGAAGCCAGAUACAGAGCUCUCCAGAAUUGCUGAGCACUACCUGGCGAAGUCUGGCCUUCCAUCCACUACAAAGAUACGGCUUGUAUUUGACGAUGAAGACCUAAACCUGAGUGAAACUGUCGGUGAUACAGAGCUCGAAGAAGGUUUCACCGUUGACGUGUAUCAUUGA